AUGUGGAUUGUUCCUCUCCUCGGGAUCGUAGGGUCGAUUGUGGGCUUCUGCUUUCUGACCCUAGCUAUUGCUUCUGGUCUUUACUAUCUUUCUGAGCUGGUCGAGGAACACACCGUGAUCGCGAAGCGACUCUUGACGCGUCUGAUCUACUUCGUCAUCGUCCUGCAGCUUCUACUAUGGAUCGUUGACGGGUUCCCUUUCAAAUUGACCCUGCUGUCGAUCUUCUCUCAUGUUAUUUACCUGGGAAACAUGCGGAGGUUCCCUUUUGUCCAAUUAGCGGAUCCUCUGUUCCUCGCCUCUUGUGUCCUCGUCCUGGUAAACCACUACUUUUGGUUCCGGCACUUUUCCGAAGCGCAAGCAAGAUCCCUCGCCAACAUGCGAUCGAUUUAUGACCAGCCCGACAUCCCCUCCUUCGCCCAAAUUGCUUCGUAUUUCGGAAUCUGCGUGUGGCUGGUGCCGUUCGCGCUCUUCGUCAGCUUGUCGGCCAACGACAAUGUGUUGCCUACCAUGGGAACGGAAGGUCCUCGCAUAGGCCCUGACGGCAAGAACAGGAGGCAGGGGAUGGUCAAGGCCAUCGUCGACAAUGUCCUUGGCGCCAUUGGGGAGGUGUUCAAGACAUUUAUUGCGUUGCUCGAACGAUUUGACCGCCAUCAGGGCACCAAGAUCCGAAAUUCGCUGCUAACGGAAAACUGUUAUCCCAGGGACCAGAACAUUUUUACCAGCCAAAGUACUGGUCUGACCGAGCCAGCGCCGUGCAGCAGGACCCUGGAGGAACAGAGGGCCGACUUGCCUACAUCGAGGCCGAGUCAGGGCAGCCUCACAUUACAUUCCCAAGACGACUAUGUGCUCGAUGGGUACAUGUCGGAUGGACAAGACAAUUUCAGCGCCAUGCCAUGUCAGUUGUACGCCCACCAUGGCUUGGCACAGCUGAUGCCGAGAGCCUUCAAUCUGGUGGUCCGAGUGGAUUCGUGGGUUGUCGGCAGUGCCUUUUCAAGCCGAUACACCAUGUAUACACCUGCUCUCUUCCCGCUCUCUGACCUCCCCAGCCCCCCCACGGGUGGCAACAUGGCCGCCAACAGCCCAGAUAUGGUGUCACAAAAUCUCGAUUCCGCCCUCGGCUCGGCCGACAUGGCCAACGAGCAGAGGGGCCUGCUCGAACUCAUCGACAAGCUGCAGUUUGCUCAGCUCGACAACGUGAAACUACCCCAGAUCGUCGUCGUCGGAGACCAGUCUGCCGGCAAGAGUUCCGUCCUCGAAGCCAUCACCGGCACUCCCUUCCCCCGCGAUGCCGGCGCCUGUACCAGGUUCGCCACCGAGAUUAGGCUGCGGAGAUCCAACGAGCCGUCCUUGAAGGUCACCAUCAUCCCCGACAGAAACCGUGACCUCCGCGAGCAGGAACGCCUAAAGCAGUUCGGCGGCACUGUUGACGUUGGCAUGUCCUUCGAUACCCUCAUGCGGACCGCCUCCGACUUGAUCGCCCCCAAGAACAUCCCCGGUCGCUUUGCCGCGCGAGAUAUCCUGGUUGUCGAGAAGCGUGGCCCGGACAUGCCCCUGCUGACCCUUGUUGACCUGCCCGGGCUGGUCAAGAACGCGAACAACGACCAAUCCCUGGACGACAUCAGGACCAUCGAGACCCUCUGCGACCGCUACAUGAAGAGCUCGCGUACCAUCAUCCUCGCCGUCGUCGGAGGAAACAGCGACUAUGUCCAGGCCCCGAUUCUCGGCAAGGCUCGCCAUUUCGACCCGUCUGGUUCCCGCACCAUCGGCGUCUUGACCAAACCCGACCUGACCGAGUCCAUCGGGCUCGAAGACAAGUUCAUCGACCUCGUUCAGAACCGGGACAAAUCAAACUACUUCAAGCUCGGUUGGUACGUGCUGCUGAACCCGGGCCCACGCGAUCAGGGCCAGCCCUGGCCGUCGCCUCGCGAACGCAGGCAGCGCGAGGAAGACUUCUUCGGCCGUGGCAAGUGGCGCGCUCUCCCCGAGUCCAUGUGCGGCGCCGCCGCCCUGAAGCAGACCCUCAGCGUCCAGCUCCAGCGCCACAUCGGCCGGCACGUCAAGACCCUGCGGAAGCAGAUCCAAAAGGCCCUCGACGACUGCGACGCCGAGCUCAAGUCCAUGGGCACGGGCAAGGACACUAUCGAGGAGAUGCGUAUCGAGCUCGUCGAGCUGUCCUCGGCCUCCAAGGAGCUCGUCAUCCCCGCCGUCUACGGUUUCUACAAGAACCCGCCCGGCAAGAACUUCUUCCGCGCCACCGCCGACCCUCGUGGUACGCCCGCCCAGAACCUCCGAGCCCGCGCCAUCGAGGAGAACGAGAAGUUUUCCCACCGCAUUCGCCAGAACGGUCGCAAGUUUGGCUUUUCGUCCGCCACCGACCCUCGCGCCUCUGCCUCUGCCUCUGCCUCUGCCUCGGCCAGCACCCUGAACCUGCCGCCGGCGGGCCAGGGGGCCGACGGAGGCAAGAAGGGUUUCGUCGCCCACGAGGUCGAGAUGCUGCUACGCCAGAUCCGCGGUUCCGAAUUCCCCACGGAUCCCAAGCCCCGCGCCGUCUACAUGUUGUUCCAGAGCUACUCGGAGAACUGGCCGAAGCUGGCCCAGGAGCACAAGGACAACCUGGGCGUCGUGUGCAACGAGUUUUUGGCCGAGGUCAUCGACUUCGCCUGGCCGCAGCGCAUGCGCGAGCCGCUCCGCACCCACUUCCUCGACCCGCAGAUGAGGGCCCUCAUGGCCAGCGCCCAGGACGAGCUCGAGCGCCUCACCCAGGACAUGCACCUGGAGAUCCAGCCCUACGACCCGGAGUACGAGGAGCGCCUGCGCAAGUGGCACGCCGAGGCCACCCGGGACGGCGCCACCUUCUCCGAGGCCGAGGAGGUGCUGGAGAAGAUGCUCAUCUUCUACGAGCUCGCCGCCAAGACCUUCAUCCGCAACACCAUCACCCAGGUGGUCGAGCGCCACCUGCUGCAGGGCAUGUACGGCAUCUUCAACUCGGUCGCCUUCAUGGGCCUGGCCAACGAGACGGUCGAGGCCAUUGCCGCCGAGAACAAGGAGACGCGCGAUCGGCGGUUGGCCCUGAAGAGCCAGAAGGAAGCCAUCGAGGAGGCCCGCGACAUCUGCGCUUCGCUCGCCAUGCGCAAGGAGCUGAGGUACGUGGAAGACGAGGCUUGGGGGGGGGGUGGUGAGACGUCGGAUGAGGAUGCGCCGACGACGCCGGCGGCGGCGGCGGCGGCGGCUGCCAGGACUACUGCGACGAGGACGACGAGGGGACGUGAAGCCCCAACAACAACCACGGAACCCAAGACGGUAGACCCGAAAGUAUGGUCGGAAUCAAGAAGCACAGAACAGAGGACAGCCGGGUCGAGGGUUACACCAACAGACCGGAGGACGUCAGCGGCGGUGCCAGGGAUGACAGAUUGGACUCCCGCCGCCGCCCCCGCCCCCGCCACUGCCACUGCCACUUCCACGGCUCCGGCACCGCAUCACGCACCACCCCCUCCUCCUCCUCGCCCCGAGAAGCUGAGGCCAGAGGACGUUGCAGCUGCACCAGCAUCCCCUUUGUAUGACGCACCACAUGCUAGCCAGGGGAGUGGGCAUGGUCCGUAUGGAGGGGACAAUGCGGAUGCUCAUAACGCCCCGCCGUUCAAGAGGACGACGGCCAAGAAGCUUUUCGGUCGGGCUUGA